AUGACAGCAAAGAUCUGGGUCAUGCAGCCAGUGGACCGUACUGAGUUGAUCAAUGUUACAGCAACAGAUCAUGACAGUACCGAGGAGAACAGGAAAUUUAGCUUCAGUAUAGAGUCAGUGAGUCCGACUCCACAGAACUCUGAAUUCAUUAUAAAUGAGGAGCCUGAUUCUGGAAACGGGACCAUUUCAUUCAAAGGGUGUCUGGACCACGAGAAAACAGGACAAGAUAUUUUGUUCUACCAGAAAAGCCACAAAUCUUCACACUUUAAAACUGAAUUUUCUGUUACGCUUCAGAAGGCACAGAAAUACACCCUUAUUGUGAAAGCCACAGACCAUGGACAACCGAAACCACUCUCCAGUUUUACAACAGUGAUAAUCAAUAUAGCGGACGGAAACAGACAUCUUCCAGUGUUCACAAAGCAAAAAGGCGAAGCAAGUGUAAAAGAAGGACUGCAAGGUGUACUCAUUUCACGUCUGCAAGUUACAGAUGAAGACACCAGAGGUACAAAGGCCUGGAGAGCAAAAUAUAAAAUCCAAGGAGAUACAAACAACAACUUCAGAAUUGAUACUGAUCCUGAGACAAACGAAGGCCUACUCUAUGUGCAAAAGGCUCUCGACUAUGAGGAAGAUCCUUUGAAGAACAUCAUCAUCUCUUCAGAGAAUGAGAUUCCCUACUUUACUUGCAAAGUCAUAAACCGCAAUACUACUGGUCUUUGGGAAAUUAAGACUGUCAAUGGUAGCACUUUCAGUGAGGCACAAGGUGUAACUGGAACAAAAGAAAUGCGUUUGUCCACCUAUUACCUGACAGUGAAUGUAGAGGAUGUCAAUGAACCGCCUGUCUUUGAUCCAUCAAACAAAACGGUUACCGUAUUUGAGGAUGUUGCGUUGGGUUACUAUUUGGAGAUACUAAUUGCUAAAGACCCUGAUGUUAAUGGUGCAAAUCAAAUCCGAUACAUGAUUGGAGAAGAUCCAGCUGGUUUUGUUACAGUGGACUCCAACUCAGGAAAAAUAACCACAUCAAAGAGUUUAGACCGAGAGUCACAGUUUGUUAAAGAUGGACUGUAUGUCAUCAAAAUAUAUGCCACUGACAAUGGUGAACCGUCCCAGACUGGCACAGCAACACUCAGCAUCAAGAUUAUCGAUGUAAACGACAAUGCUCCAUCCUUGGACAAAAGCUUUAUUGAUAUGUGUCAAAGAGAUAAAAUCUCAUCGGUUAGUGUCACAGCUUUAGAUCCAGAUACAGAACCAUACAGUGGGCCUUUCUCGUUCAAGCUUCUUGGAGAUGUUAAGGACAAAUGGAGAAUUGAUCCUGAAAAAGGUGAGCUCUGCCCCAGAAAAAACACCUUCAGAUCAACAGGAAUAAAAUGGGUCACAUAA